CCAAAGCUCCCUUUUGCAACUGCCACUCUCACUCACUCAGUAACCACCACUCUCUCGCUCACUUGCUCAUUCUCAUCACGGCUCAAAUUGUUCUUACUCCAAGCAUCAUAGAGGAAACAGUUUGGUCUAUACGCCGGCAAAAUGAGCGCCCCAAACGAAAAGACCCCCGCGAAGAAAGCCGGCAAGGAAAUCCCACACCCUAGACGGAUCCUCGCCGUGUCGUUGGCGCAGUCAGCUGGGGAGUUGAGUGCUGUUAUCAAAGAACUCACCGGCUCCCACCCCCUCCCAUCAGACUCAACCGAUGAUGAAAACACCCCCUCCCUCGCGGGAACAACCCACCUUUUACCCCUUUCCACACAAUAUUACACCGCCUCUGUCCCCAUCUGGCUUGAUCUUGUCUCUUCUCCGCAGGAAUGGUCAAGUUCGUUUUUGUCGGAGGAGGCAAAGGAGGUGUUGCUGGUUUUGGGGGGGGUUAUUAUUGUUGUCGAGCUCUCUCCUUCUUUGUCUUCCAGCAUAUCAACAUCAACGGUAACAGAGCAUCAAAAAUUGGUUAAAGAGGUUGGGAAGGUGGUCAGGGAAGGGUUGGGAGGGUGGGAGUGGGAUGGUGUCGGGCUUGUUAUUGGUGUUAGCCAGCAGGCCAUAAUGGGGGAUGACGACGUGUUGGAUGAGUGGGAGGAUGUUGCUGCCGAGGCGGGGUUGGAGUUUGUGGCUUAUACCAAGGGCAGAGAGCAGGAGGAAGGGAAGAGGAAUGAGUUUGGGGAGAGGAUGGGGAUUGCGAGGGUGAGGGAGGCGUUGGAGGCUAAUGAUUGGUCUGGGGGAGGGGCACCAGGGGAGGAGGGGGAUGGUUUGGGUUUUGGGGAGGGGGAUGAGGAUGACGAUAAAGAGUUUGACCCCAAGGGGUUGGGGUAUGGCUAUGACAGGGAGGAUUUUGAGGGGUUGAAGAGGGCGAUUUGGGAGCAGAUUGGGGAGGAGAUUGACACCACGGGGGAGGGGAAAGGGAAGGAGGAGGAAGGGGAGGAAGAGAUUGGGGAUGAUGAUAUCAGGAGCCUGGAGCAGAUGAUGGUCAAGUUGCGGGCUGUGAGGGAUAUGAGUGCUGGUUUGCCGGAGCAGCAGAGGAAGAGGAUGGCUAAGCAGGCUGUGGAGGAGGUUAUGAGGGAGCUGUGAGCUGUGGCGGUGGGUAGAGCUGUCUUGGGGUGGGCAGUAGAGGGUUGAACCUCGACCCGACUUGGACUGAUAGCGACCCGGAAUCUAUACUGGACUUUGCUGAGGUCAUACCGGUACCGGGAUAAUGUCGUUUCCAAAGAAUAUCCACAC